UCCAUCCAUCGAUAACCUGCCCCCGCAAACCCAUCCAUCAAUCCGAAAACCCAUCACCGCAAUGACCGAAUUCACCAAAGUCAUGUCCGUCCCCAUCCUCCCGGGCCUCAAGGGCACCGGCGAGCACGACCACUGCCCCGCAAGUGCCAACCACGGACUCCCGGGAGCAUGGUGGGGCAUCCACGUCGAGGACCCGACCAAGAGCACCAUGUUCGUCAACUACGAGACACCGGAUGCGUACGCCGCGUUCCAGCGCUCCGCCACGUGCUGCCCGGAGCUGCAGAAGGCGGUCUCAGUCCCGCACGAGGCAACGUUCGACGCGAUCCUCUCUCCGCCGGCGGGCAAGGUCCUGGGCGCAGCGCCGAUCAUCGAGGUGGCGAAGUUGCAGCUGAAGGCGGGCGUGACUCGCGAGGCGUGGCUGGCACAGAUGGUGCUCAUGCAGAAGCUGCUGGAUGCGAUUGACGCAUGCAAGGGCUAUGCGGCUGGGUUCGUGGAGGGGAACGAUGACUACCUCAUUCUCGUGGGAUGGGACACUGUUGAGUCGCACACCGAGUGGAUGAAAGGGGAGAAGGCGACCCCUGGUUCGCCGGUUCAUGACUUUGGAGCUAUGAUUGAAACCUCCGAGAUGCAUCAUAUCGCGAUCAGAGAGGUCAUGCCCGGUGCGAGCAGGCACUAGGUGUGAGGAUGGCAACGUGGGGGGGAAGGAUAACGGAUUAUGAUACCAAUCGAUACCUCUCGUCUUGAUGAUUUUCUCCGCGUGAACUGGUGAUCGGAACAUGGAGGGUACUAGAAGUGAUGGCUGAUGGUUUUAAAUCUCGGUAAAGGAAGUUAGAUGAAGACACGUUAUGGGAUGUA